AACAGAAAUAAGUAAGCUUAACACAGACGUCAGCUUGGACAGACUGUACUGAAUCGUCUACUCAGGACAACUGCCAUAGGACAAGUAGAACACUGAAGAGGCAACAAUGAACAUUGGCGGGAUUCUCCUUUUAGCUUCCGUACUUCAGCUGUCACAGUCAGCAAAGGACUCGCUAGUGACGGUGAAAAAUAAUGGAUAUGAAGACAUGAUUUUUGCAAUAAACCCGAAGAUUCCUGAAAAUGAAAAAAUCAUUGAAAAUAUAAAGAAAAUGGUGAAUGAUGCAUCUACCUACAUGUUACAAGCUACAGAGAACAGAUUGUAUAUUAGAACAUAUAAGAUUUUAAUUCCAAAUACCUGGACAAGCAAGAGCACCUACGGCAGGCCUAAAAGAGAGUCAUAUGACAAGGCUGAUAUUAUCAUAGCUGAUCCUUUUACUAAAGGCGAUUUUCCAUACACCUUGCAAUAUGGUGGUUGUGGGGUACCGGGAAAAUACAUACACCUCACACCCAAUUUCAUUCUAAAUGACAAAGUGCUGCCAAUAUUUGGUCCCAGAGGGAGAGUAUUAGUCCAUGAAUGGGCCCACUUGAGAUGGGGUGUUUUUGAUGAAUACAGCACUACUGUUCCAUGGUAUCCCAGUAAUACAGGCAAAAUUGAAGCAACCAGAUGUCCUUUGAGUCUGAAGGGUGAAGCUAAAAUUGACAUUUAUUAUGGAUCACAGCGAAAAUUCGUAGACUGUGAAAUUGACGAGAACACUGGGCUCUUUGAGGAGAAUUGUAAUUUCUUCCCAAUUGUUGAGAAGAAUGUCCAUGAAUCAAUCAUGUAUGGACAGGCACUGGACCCUGUAAAUGCAUUCUGCAAACACAACACCCACAACAAAGAAGCUCCAAAUGAACAAAACAGACUAUGCAACCAGCAAAGCACAUGGGAAGUCAUCAUGAAUUCUGACGACAUUAAAUCUUCUGCUCCACUGGGAGACAGCAGUGUCCCUCCUCCCACAAUUACCCUGCUGCAGUAUAAAGACAGAGUGGUUACCUUGGUACUGGACGUUUCUGGAAGCAUGAGUGGAAGUGAUCGCAUCAACCGCAUGUACCAGGCUGCCGAAGUUUAUAUCAUGCAGAUUGUCGAAACGGGAUCCCACGUUGGAAUUGUAACUUUCUCUUCUUCUGCAUCAAUUCUGUCAGAUUUGGUGAAAAUAGUUGACACCUUCAGCCGUGAAAAACUGAAAGGAUUUCUUCCAACAGUAGCAACUGGAGGCACAAACAUAUGUUCCGGAGUUGAUAAAGGACUUGAGGCAAAUCAAAAAUUUGAUGGAAGCACCUAUGGCACAGAAAUAGUGUUGUUAACAGAUGGAGAGGAUGCGGGUGUCAGCAGUUGUUUUCCUGCAGUCCAAGCCAGUGGAGCAAUCAUUCACACUGUUGCUCUUGGAAAUAGUGCAGACAAAGGACUUGAAGGAUUGUCCAACAUGACAGGUGGUUUAAAACUAUACGCAUCAGAUAACGUUAAUACCAAUGGUUUGAUUGAUUCCUUCAGUGGCAUUAAAUCUAGCAGUGGGGAUGUCCAAGCUCAGUCCAUACAGAUUGAAAGUACUGCAAAAACAAUGACACCAAACCAAUGUCUGACUGGCAAAGUGACUAUCGACGGCACUGUGGGCAGUGACACUUUCUUUUUAGUGACUUGGAACAUGGAAGCCCCAAAAAUUCAAUUAACAGAUCCAAAGGGGAAAGUAUAUCAGAACGCCGAGUUUGUAAUUGAUACCAAAUCAAGGUUCGGCCGGCUCUCAAUUCCAGGCACUGCUGAGAAAGGUGACUGGCCAUACAACAUAUGCAACACUCCAUCAGCAAAUCAAGUUCUUGGUAUCACGGUGAAUUCUCGAGCAGCAGAUCCAAAUGUCCCCCCAAUUACUGUUGAAUCAUUCCUCAAUGCAGACACUAGCAGCUUCCCCACCCCAAUCAUUGUGUAUGCCACAGUGACACAAGGGCUUUCUCCAGUUCUAGGAGUGAAAGUUACUGCAUACAUUGAAGCAGAAGAUGGAACUGUUACACCAUUACAGCUCUUGGACAAUGGUGCAGGUGCUGAUAUAAUCAAGAAUGAUGGAAUAUAUUGCCGAUACUUCACAAGCUACACAAAAAAUGGCAGAUACAGUUUGAAAGUGCGGGUUCAGAAUUUUGAGAAAGACUCAAAAUUAGCAUUAGCAAACAGUCGGGCAUUAUAUCUACCUGGCUACAUUGAAAAUGGUACUCUUAUUGCUAACCCCCCAAAACCCAACAAUACCGUAGAGAAUCUGAAUGUGGAAAUUUUUUCACGAACAUCUUCAGGUGGUGCAUUUGUGAUCUCUGAUGUGCCAUCAGGUCCUAUUCCAGAUAUGCAUGGCCCAAGUAAAAUCACUGACCUGGAAGCAGAAAUUACAGAUAUGAAAGUCAUAUUGAAAUGGACAGCAACUGGCGAUGACCUGGAUCAAGGAAAUGCUUCAAGGUACGAUUUACGGAUAAGUCGUGACAGCGAUGAACUGAUGGCUAAUUUUGAAAAUGGCACAGUUGUAAACAUUUCCAGUCUAGCACCACAGCCAGCUGGUUCUAUGGAAUAUUUCGAAUUGACCCCCGUAAAUGGUACUUUAAAAAAUGGAACCGUACUUUUUUUCCGCUUGGUCGCCAUAGACAAAGCCAAUCAUAAAUCAGAUCCAUCCAACUUGGCAAGGGCAACCAUGUUCAUACCAUCUCCACCACAGCCGACAAAAAGACCAGAAAAUUCAGCCAUUGGAGUAACUGGAACAUUGGCCAUCGUAAUCCUCACUCUUGUGACAGUAAUACCCGUUUUUCAUAUCUGAGACACAGACGUCAAAGGAAAGAAGAAUGUAUGUUACAUAUUGUCUGGAAAACUGAUGAACAAUUAUUUUAUUCUGUUUUAACUCUGAGUGAUGCGGUAAGCUAGCAAAGGAAACAAGCUGUGAUGGCAAAUUCCCAAAGGACAUGUGAGAUGUUUUAGAAUUCAACUUGAGAAUUGCUGAAACAUUAGGCUAAGAAUACCUUCCAAUUAAUUACUGAUUAACAAAUGCUUGCUCACAUGAAGAACAAUGGGGAACUCAAGCAUUAACGUGUUGUAGCUUGCGCAUUUAUGGCAAGCUUUGAUGG